AUGGCUGAGCCUGGCUGUGAGACCUCUUCGGAGGAAUGCCUGGGCACUAAAGAGCCCAGGGAAACCGAACCAGAGAGCCCGAAGAGGAAGAAGCCAAGGCGUCAAUGCCACCGUCGCUGCCGCCGGAGCUGCUCAGACAGUUUCGCCAUCUACUUCCCCAGGGUUCUGAAGCAGGUUGACGAGGGUCUGAGCCUCUCACAGAAGGCUGUGAGCAUCAUGGAUUCGUUCGUUAAGGACAUCUUAGAGCGCAUCGCUGACGAGGCCUCUCACCUGGCCGGCUCCACCAAGUGCUCCACCAUCACCUCCAGAGAGAUCCAGACCGCCGUGCGCCUGCUGCUGCCGAGGGAGAUUGGCAAGUACGCGGUGUCUGAGGCCACCAAGGCCAUCAUGAGGUACACCUUUAGCAAGUGA